GGCGAUAAGGCUCUUGCCGGCGAAGAAGAGAAGGACAUUCCUGGACACCUAUUCCCUCCAGACUCUUCAAAAGACCGAACGAUAUGUUUUCGAGGACUAUAUCUAUCGAUAGUCAACAAGGAUACGAACGACGUGAAAACACAUAUAGACAAUACCACCGCUACAACUCAGUAUAAAGCCUACGAAAUUCCGGCUGGAUAUACAUGUUAUGUCAGGGGUGCUAGCGUUUAUUUCAAGACUUAA